AUGAAUAAAAAAGUAAUUAUUUUAACAGGUGGUACAGAUGGUAUUGGAAGAAAUUCAUUAAAUUAUUUAAUAAAUGAAGAUAAUUUAAAAUUAAUUUUACCAAUUAGAAAUUUAGAAAAAGGUGAAAAGGUAAUUCAAGAAUUAAAAUUAAUAAAUUCAAAUAUUGAUAUUACAACUAUGGAAAUGGAUUUAUCAUCAUUUGAAUCAAUUAAAUCAUUUGUUAAUGAAUUUAAUAAAUUGGGUUUACCAUUACACACAUUGGUAAAUAAUGCUGGUAUUAUGUCACCAAUUUAUAAAAAAACAGUUAAUGGAUUUGAGUCAACAUUUGGUACAAAUUAUUUGGGUACAUUUUUAUUAACAAAUUUACUUUUACCAAAUUUAAAAAAAUCAAAUACUGAAUCUGAUAAAGGUAAUAUCGUUAUUGUCACUAGUAGAAUGCAUUAUUACGUCUCAACAUUGGAUAUUGAUAAUUUGGAAAAUAUUAAUGAAUCCAAUUUUUCAAGUGGUAAUGAAUAUAAUAAAUCAAAAGUUUGUGAUUUAUUAUUUGCAUUUGAAUUAAAUAAUAGAUUAAAAUCUGAUGGUUAUGAUAAAAUAAUCAAUGUUAAUUCAAUUCAUCCUGGUUUUCAAAUUACAUCAUUGUCAAAAGAUCAUGGUUGGUUUUCAAAUUAUAUAGUUUUACCAAUUUUAACUUUUUUCUUGGGUAAUAAUAUUAAUGAUAUGGGUAAAGCCUUAGCUGAAAUAUCAUUAAAUAAAUCAAAUGUAAAUGGUAAAUACUUUCAAUUAACUACUGAAUCUCAACCUUCAAAAUUAGUUACAAAUAAUGAAAUUUCAAAAUCAUUAUGGGAAAAAACAAUAAAAUUACUUGAAUUAUAA